GCAGCUCUGAUCAGCGUCUUUCUGUUGGUGAAAUGAUUUGAGUUACUGAGGAUCAAUCAGCUGAAGGCGCCGGCUUCAAAAACAAAAGUUUUUGUUUUUCCCACUAAAAAGACGUCACAAUUGAAAGAAACCUCGCUUGUUUGAUCAUCUGCACCGUUGCAGCAGCUGUGACUGGUGUCACGCAGAUAACAGGUGCAUUCCUUACUAAUCCAAUUUCAUGACACCUUCCGGCCACUUAAGAAGUCUUGAUGGUGGACUUGGUGCAGAAAACAUCCCGCUCAGAAUGAAAGGCCUGAUAUUCUGUGUUUUUGCCAUUGUGAUGCUCACACCUGCUCAAGGUGAUGAAGAGGAGCAGCUAAAGCAGCUCAUGGAGUCAGUGGCAUUUGAAGUAGAGGAGGAGUAUCUGGAGUGCUUCCGUUGUGAUUUGGGCUUCUGGGACGUCUGCUACACGACUGAAAUCAACUGCAGCCUAGGGGAGCGCUGCUACACAGGCCGGGGGAAGGCAGCUAAUUCAUUAGAUGUAAAGACGCUGGGGUGUGCCAAGGCUGAGGAGUGCAACGUUGAGAUGAAGGUGGACCUCUUUUCAAACGAAACUUUGUUUGUGAUGACCAAACACUGCUGUGACACGCCCUUCUGCAACUCAGCAAGCAAACUUUCCAUCUAUACACUGAUGUAUGUCACUGUGGCUUUAACUACCUGGCUCACUGAAGACUCAGCGUAUUCAUAAUACACAAGUAUUUAUUUAUUAUUUAUUACAGACUGUGUGAAGUGAUGCUGAAAGGACUUCAACCACAUGCUGAAUAGAAAUUGCCAGUUUUACUGAACUUUUGUAUGAAUGAAUACAAAGACGUUGGAUAAUUAUAGCAUAAAAGAUCAUUCACUGUAUAUU